AUGAAUAUGUUGGAUGAUGAAGAUGACCAAAGCUUUCACGCUACGCGUGACGGCUACUCCCAUUUGAGCGAUGUCGAAUGGGAUGCGGUUGAACGAAUGGGUUCAACCAUGGGCAUCCAUGCUGUUAGCGUCAUGCUAGAGGCUCUCAAUAGAGAUGCCCAACAUGCUACUAUCGCCAAGUUCAUUCAAAAUGAACUUGACGCAGAACGCGAGAAAGUAGCCUUGCUUCACCAACAAGGUUCUCAACAAGCAGAGUUGUUGAGAGAACAGGGUGCUCAACAGUUUGAACUGUUGAGGCAGCAGCAGGCUGCUGCUGGCGGGUCGAUGCACUCGCGUCGGCCCGAGACUUUGAAGAUUGACAUCUCAAAGUAUAGGGGGGUCGAAGAAGACUCCCUCUUGAGAUGGUUCGUCGAAUUGGAUGACGCCAUAAGGGCGCGUCGCAUCGACGACGGAGAUAUGCAAGUUGCAUUUGCCCAGUCAAAUCUGGCAGGACGUGCCAAGACUUGGGCACUGGGGCUCAAGCUGCACGACCCAUACGCGUUUGGGUCGUUGGAAGUCUUCAAGUCGCGGCUCAGACAAACGUUUGAACCGCCUAGAGCUGAGUUCAGAGCUCGAACCGAACUCUUGAAGCUCAAGCAGGGUAAGCGUGAUGUGCACGCUUACGCUCAACAUAUACGACAUCUCACGAGUUGUAUAAGUUCCAAUCCGGUGGAUGAACACACGUUGGUUUCGGUGUUCAUGCAGGGUCUUGCGGAUGGUCCCGUCAAGACUCACCUGUUCCGGCUUGAACCAGAUUCACUAGAACAAGCCAUUUCAAUUGCGGAGCAGGAAGACUUCAGUCUGAGACAGGCUCGCGCCAGCUCGACAUCAUAUCGUCAACCGAGACGAUAUGACAACGGAGGUCCAGAGCCAAUGGAACUCUGUUAUGUAGAGAGCGAGAAGGCUCGCUCUACAGGCUACAAGAAGUUGCAGAGAUGCAACAGAUGUCAAAAGACAGGACACUACGCUUACGAGUGUAGUGCCCCUCGUCCAGUGUCUCGCGACACUGGGCGUAGUGACCGUCCACCCAUGAGAAAGGGGCAGGGACGAGGGUCCGCAGUUGGUGCAAAGACGCAACAACGGGAUGGACCGUCAAAAAACGGACAGGAUCAGUAG